UGGCUGCUGAGCUGAUCUUUGUGCGAACGAAGCAGAGCGGUCGCAGUUAGCAACGGGCAGCAAACACUCACGGAGAAGCGACAGACGGCGGAGGAGACAGCUUUUGGGCCCGAAAAUCACCACAUACAACUAUUACACUGUGACAACAACGGCCUUAAAAUGGUCAUCUGGUGAGGAGUGCCAAAGCUUUUAGGUGGAGGAGUGGCAGACAGUGCCACCCAGGCGUGCAGAGUGGGACUGCAUCCCGCCUCACAACCGACGACCAGCUUCCCGAAGCGCUACUGCCGCUGCCCAAUGGACUGCGCACUCUGAGAGCAGAGCGAGCCAGGACAGAAACCAACCGAGGAGAGGUGCCGGGGGGAGAACGCCCACCGGAGCAGGAAAGGGAGGGCAUUGUUCGGUAGGGAGAGGAGAGGACGAGGGGCUCUACGAUGUCGUCAAACAGGACCCAGAACCCCCACGGACUGAAACAGAUAGGCCUGGACCAGAUAUGGGACGACCUGCGGGCUGGCAUCCAGCAGGUGUACACACGGCAAAGCAUGGCCAAGUCGCGCUACAUGGAACUCUACACACAUGUAUAUAACUAUUGUACCAGCGUCCACCAGUCCAGCCAGGGCAGAGGCUCUGUGCCUCCAGCCAAGCCCUCCAAAAAAUCCACCACUCCGGGUGGGGCUCAGUUUGUAGGCCUGGAGCUCUACAAGCGGCUCAAAGAGUUCCUGAAGAACUAUCUGACCAGCCUGCUCAAGGAUGGCGAGGAUCUUAUGGAUGAGUGUGUGUUGAAGUUUUACACCCAGCAGUGGGAGGAUUACCGUUUCUCUAGUAAGGUCCUCAACGGGAUCUGCGCCUACCUCAACCGCCACUGGGUCAGACGAGAGUGUGACGAGGGACGCAAGGGAAUCUAUGAGAUUUACUCGCUGGCACUUGUGACCUGGAGGGAAUGUUUAUUCCGACCCCUCAACAAACAGGUAACGAACGCGGUGCUGAAGCUGAUAGAGAGAGAGAGGAAUGGGGAGACCAUUAACACCAGGCUGAUCAGCGGUGUGGUCCAGUCCUACGUUGAGCUGGGUCUGAACGAGGAGGACGCCUUCGCCAAAGGCCCCACGCUGUCCGUGUACAAAGAGUACUUUGAAUGUCAGUUCCUCACUGACACGGAGCGGUUCUACACACGCGAGAGCACAGAGUUCCUGCAGCAGAACCCCGUCACUGAGUACAUGAAGAAGGCGGAGGCUCGUCUGCUGGAGGAGCAGCGGCGUGUGCAGGUUUACCUCCAUGAAUCCACUCAGGACGAGCUGGCCAGGAAGUGUGAGCAGGUUCUCAUAGAGAAACACCUGGAGAUCUUCCACACAGAGUUUCAGAACCUUCUGGAUGCCGACAAGAAUGAAGACCUGGGCCGGAUGUACAACCUGGUGUCGCGGAUCACAGACGGCCUGGGAGAACUUAAGAAGCUUCUAGAGACUCACAUCCACAACCAGGGCCUGGCCGCCAUCGAGAAGUGUGGCGAGGCCGCGCUCAACGACCCCAAAGUUUACGUCCAGACCACCCUGGACGUCCAUAAGAAGUACAACGCCUUGGUCAUGUCUGCCUUCAAUAACGACGCCGGCUUCGUGGCGGCACUCGAUAAGGCAUGUGGUCGCUUCAUUAACAACAACGCCGUCACCAGGAUGGCUCAGUCGUCCAGCAAAUCUCCCGAGCUGCUGGCCAGAUACUGCGAUUCUUUACUGAAGAAGAGCUCUAAAAACCCAGAGGAGGCAGAAUUGGAGGACACGCUGAACCAAGUGAUGGUUGUGUUCAAGUACAUCGAGGACAAAGAUGUUUUCCAAAAGUUUUAUGCUAAGAUGCUGGAACGUCUGGUGCACCAGAACAGCGCCAGCGACGACGCCGAGGCCAGCAUGAUCUCCAAACUCAAGCAAGCGUGUGGGUUCGAGUACACGUCCAAACUGCAGCGAAUGUUCCAGGACAUUGGAGUCAGUAAAGACCUGAACGAACAGUUCAAGAAACACCUGACCAACUCUGAGCCUCUGGACUUGGACUUCAGUAUCCAGGUUCUCAGCUCCGGGUCUUGGCCUUUCCAGCAGUCCUGCACCUUCGCGCUGCCCUCUGAGGUAAGACUCGUGCAGCGACUGCAGAAGGAGGUUUAUUCAGAAUCAGAAAUGGAAAUUAGAUUUUGUUAUAGCUCCAUUUUAGAAUAUAAAAAAUAUAUAUAUUUAAAUAUAAACAUAGAGAAGUUAAAGUAAAAAUGUGCACAUUAU